CUAGUUUAUCGACACAAAAUGUCGGCUCCCUUGAAAAUAAUGAACUUUUAAAGAACUCCACUUUCCGCAACUUUUCUGUUUAUUAAGUGAACGAAAAUAAUAAUCUGAUAAAAAAUUAUUUGCACAACUGUCGCGCUUCGAUGAGCGUCCGGAUGACAGUCAUACCCAUGAAAUUAAAUUAAUACCAUCGUACUGACUGUUAUCAUGAAUCCCGAAUCAUUGUGAACCCCUGGAGUUUGUGAUUCCCUCGUGCAAAAAUUGUAGAGUUCAUAGUGGAGAAAUUGAACUUUUGUUGUAGUGAUUUGGCGACCAUCGAGAAACGAUAAACAAAGUUUUGAACAUUUUUCAUUAACUUGUGAAAAAAUGAGCGUUACAGAUGGUGCCAAUCUGACUCGUGGGGAGAUGAUCUCCCUGAUCGUUCGAUUAUCCCUUGUAACAGCGAUUGGAUUUUUCAGUAUGAGGUGGAUAAUGAGUCAGCUGGAUCCCAUGGCAAAAGCCAAGAAGAAGGCUAAGGAAAAGGCAGAGUCUCAGUUGAGAAAAUUGGGGAAAACGAACAGCAUAAGUCUCACUGUUGAUACCACACAGCUCACAGACUACGAGAUGAUGAUUGCAAGCCAUUUGAUCGAUCCACAAGACAUCCCAGUGUCCUGGGAGAAUAUCGCUGGGCUUGACUCGGUUAUUCAAGAACUGAAGGAGACUGUUAUACUUCCGAUCAGGCGGAAGGAGCUAUUCGAGGACUCGAGGCUGACUCAGGCGCCCAAGGGAGUGCUUCUGCAUGGACCACCUGGUUGUGGAAAAACCAUGAUUGCAAAGGCAACAGCUAGGGAGAGUGGCACAUGCUUUAUUAAUCUCGAUGUCAGCCUUUUGACUGACAAGUGGUACGGAGAGAGUCAAAAACUCACUGCUGCUGUUUUUUCACUGGCUGUCAAGAUACAACCGUGCAUCAUUUUCAUUGAUGAAAUAGAUUCUUUUUUGCGAGCGAGAACUGCCCAUGAUCACGAGGCAACAGCUAUGAUGAAAGCUCAGUUUAUGUCACUGUGGGAUGGACUUAUUACCGAUCCGCUGUGCACUGUUAUCGUGAUGGGCGCCACAAACAGACCGCAAGAUCUCGAUCGAGCAAUACUUCGACGAAUGCCAGCGACCUUUCAUAUAGGUUUACCAAAUGAAGCGCAACGAACGCAGGUGCUCAAACUAAUUCUCGAUAAAGAGCCCACAGCUGAGGACGUCGAUGCUGGUAAAUUAUCAAAAGUGACAGAAGGCUUUUCUGGAUCUGAUCUCCACGAGUUGUGUCGAACUGCCUCGUUGUACAGAGUGAGGGAUUACUCUCGAGAGCACCCACGUGUAUCAUACGAAAGUAACACCGAGGAAGAGGAAUACCACGACGCUCUGCGUCCAAUAACCCACGACGACUUGAUAACAGCAUUCAAACGCAUGAGAAUGUCCAAGGUUCAAACCGGUGGAUUGACCAACAUCUCAAAAAUUGAUUUAGACUAAGAAAAUUUUGCCAGUCAUCUCUGUGUUACUAGAAGAAAGAAAAUCACAAAGCUCAUGUUCUUAUUUAAUUAUCAAUUAUUAAUAUCCCGUGGGGAUAGGUGCGCUCACAUGACCGAAAAAAAAUUCCAGAAAAACCGAGAAAAAAAAUUCUGUAGCAUUUCUGUUGGCCUUUAAAUUGAUACUUCGUCGUUCAACUGUUCAAUAGAAUGCGUUAGGUUUUUUGAUAGAUUUUUUUUUCAAUACUGUGCCAUCCCGGAACAUGAGAUGUACAACGUCGUAAUGGAAUUUUCACUGGCAAGUGUAAAUAAAGGGAUAGAAAACUAGAGUAUUCAGCCAUUCACUUAACUAAUGGACAUUCUUGUUCAAUGUUUGUAAAUAUUGGAGCUAUCUAAUUUGAUAUUUGAAAUUUAUCGAAUAUGUAAUUGUUAGGUGACAGAUGAAUAAUUAAAGAAUCACGGCGGA